AUGUUGCCCGAGCUUUGCAUCGCGCUAUGGUGGCUGGCUCAAUACUCCUAUGCAAUGGUUAUCCAAACGAUCGCCAUGGUUGAACAGCCCCAGCCCGGCAUCACCAACUCGUUCCGCACCACGAUCUCCCAUUUACACGCCCAAGCCGAUCCCUUCUUCUGGCUGCGCGGAUUCAUCUUGUUCAUCACCUAUGAUUUCGUCUGGAGUGCUCUUCUCCCAGCGCUACUCCCAACAGCUGGCAGCUCCUGGAGAGAAGACCUGCGUUCGGUUCUUUUCGCCGGCCUUCUGGCUAAUUUUCAAGUUCUCUGGAUCCACAUCAUCAUCACCAAGCCAUCUCCAAAUCGUCUCGCAACUCUAACUGGAUUCAUGGAUGUCCAAGAUAUUCUGAGCUCCGGUGGUCCCCAGGCCCUCCGUCCAGGCUAUAAGCUGGGAGUUCUGGGCCUGAUCCCGUACUUUAUCACAAGUAUGGCUACCCUUCCGGCACGAACGGGUCUCAUCCGAAUGGCGGCAUCCAUGCUACCCGACAACGACCAGUUGAUUGUGCCCCUCGAUCCGAGACUGAAAACACACCCUCCCACUGGGGUUCUCGACGCAUGGAGAAACCUACCGGAUGACACAUGGGCGCGCGUCUGGCGGAUCCAGGCUCGGGCGUAUUUCCUGUCCGCGAGCAUCUUCUUCCUGGGCAAGAUGGCGUAUCCUGAUUUUCAACGGUUCGCCACCAUUCCAAUGAUUAGGUUUAACAGUUAA